AUGGAAAUAGGGAACCAAACAGCUAUGUCAAAAUUCAUCCUUCUGGGAUUUUCAGAAGAUAUGGACCUGCAGCCCCUCCUCUUUGGGCUGUUCCUGUCCAUGUACCUGGUCACUGUGUUUGGGAAUCUUCUCAUCAUCCUGGCCAUCACCUCUGACUCCCACCUCCACACCCCCAUGUACUUCUUCCUCUCCAACCUGUCCUUCACCGACAUCUGUUUCACCUCCACCACCCUCCCCAAGAUGUUAGUGAACAUCCAGAUGCAGAACAAAGCCAUCACGUAUGAGGGCUGUCUUACCCAGAUGUAUUUUUUCAUGAUCUUCGCUGGGCUAGAUGAUUUGCUACUGACGGUGAUGGCCUAUGACCGGUUCGUGGCCAUCUGUCACCCUCUGCACUACACAGUUAUCAUGAGCCCUCGCCUUUGUGGUCUCUUGCUUCUGCUCUCUUGGUUAAUCUGCCUGACAUAUUCUUUGAUUCAAAGUUUGAUGGUUUUGAGGGUGUCCUUCUGCCAAGAGACAGAAAUUCCCCACUUCUUCUGCGAGCAUGCUCAGAUUCUCAAGCUCGCCUGCUCUGACACCCUUGUCAAUGACAUCGUGCUGUAUUUUGUAACUGGCCUGCUGGGUGUUAUUCCCCUGAUUGGGAUCCUUUUUUCUUAUUCUAGAAUUAUCUCCUCCAUAAUGGGCAUUUUGUCAGCUGGCAGGAAAUACAAAGUCUUUUCCACUUGUGGGUCUCACCUCUCAGUUGUCUCCUUGUUUUAUGGUGCAGGCCUUGGGGUCUACCUCACUUCUGGAACAGCCCAUCCCUCCAGGAAGGGUACAAUAGCCUCAGUGAUGUACACAGUGAUUGCCCCCAUGCUGAACCCUUUCAUUUACAGUCUGAGGAACAGGGACAUGAAGGGGGCCCUGAGGAGACUUUUCACUAGAGGAAUAUACUCUCAGUGA